AUGGGACUUUUGCUGAAGAACUUUUGCUGCGACAGUCUGGAGCUGGUCGCCUCCCCUCAUACUAAUGACAUUCAACUACAUCUCCAGUCUGGAUGGGAUGUACCUUUCUUCAAAAAAACUCUGAAGAUCUUUUCACUGCAGUUCUUGUGCAUUGGCGAUUCAGCCAGGUCUAUCACAGGAGAAGUCUGUCAAGAAAUUUGCACGGUCAUUUCAACAAACCAUGCAUCUGGCUCCACAUGCUUAAAGUUCCUCCUCAAUGGACAUGGACAAGAACUGGAAUUUCAACUCCAGGACAUUGAGCGUGUCUUUUGGAUUGGCAACACAGUUCGAGUCGUAGUGGGUGCUUACACAGGUCUGGAAGGGCAUAUCAUUAAGAAGUCUGAGGACUUGUUUCACAUGUGUCAAGAAGCCACCAAUGAAGAGGUGGAACUGCCAAUGCAGCCAGAUUUCGACCCUCUCCCUGAGCCCGAAUCUUUUCAAAUUGGGGAUGAGAUAGAAGUAUGUGUGGGAGAGUACAUGGGGAAAUGCAGGAUUGUGGUGUGGUUUCCUGUUGGGGGGACUACACUGUGGUUCUGUGCUGUGGGCAAUAUUGAGGAUGAGUUGAUCAACGCCCCCACAGCAUUUGUACAGCACAUUCGUCCCUUCAAGACUCUCCAAUUUACCAAGGAAAGGCGUUAUGAUGUUAAGCCUGGAGACAUCAUGACUGUCACCCAUGGGCCAGAGUUCCAGACAAAAGGAGUGGUGCAAGCCGUGGACUUUUCAAAUGUGCACCUGACCCUGAUUUCUGAGGGCGAUUAUUCACUUGUCAAUGUUCCUAUUGGAUUUGCAAUGAAAAUAUCUAACAUGAAUCCAGAUUCAUUUUGUGACAUCAUCGGUAAAGAAGUCUUCAUUAUCAGAGGUGCAUGGAAGGGCUACCAAGCCAUGCUAUACCAACUUGCUCAUGAUACCUGCUCCAUUUCUGUGCAUGGGCAAGCACACACUAUGGUUAAAUGUGAGGACGUUGCUACUAGUGCAAUACUCAAAGUCAAAGCAAGACCCCCCCCACCUGAUCCCAUAGUCCCAUCCAGUUCGAGUAUGGAUCCCAGCUCCAGCAAGUGGUCCAACUGGUCCAGCAAUGAUUUGACAGAUAGCCUUUCUGCUGGUGUCAAGACAUACAAUCCCUGGGUUGCUAAUAAUGCAGAGGAUAUCAAGGACACCAUCGCAGAUAUAAAGGAGAAGUCCCGAAACAGCAAACUGAGAUGGGCACGUCUGAUGGGUGCUUGGUUUUAUAGGAAGGGUGCAAGCCAAUGUCAUUUGGGCACAGCCUAUUGGCCCAUCUGCCUCAUGCGCUUGGACCUCUCUCUCUCGCUCAUACCUAUCAUGUUGGAUCCUUUGGCUUCCUCACUCUCUUUCUCUUCGGAUCGUUUGGACUUCAACAAGGCCUGUGGUGAAAAUCCUAGUUUGCUGAUAAAGGCCAGUUUCUUUGAGAGUGGUAUGAAUGUCCCAACACAUGUAUAUGCAUUUCUGUUCAUGCAACCAGUGACUAGCACCUGUCCAUCAGGGGAAAGGGCUGCGGAGUCUAGCGAAUCAUUUUCGUGCUGGAGGGGUGUGUUGCGAGAACAGGCGAGUGAACAACGGGAGAGGGAGCUAGAACACAAAGAACACAAAGUACUCACAUCUCAGUUUCAACUAGAACUGAGAUGUGUGCGUCUGAUGGGUGCUUGGUUUUAUAGGAAGGGCGCAAGCCAAUGUCAUUUGGGCGCAGCCUAUUGGCCUGUCUGCCUCAUGCGCUUGGACCUCUCUCGCUCGCUCGUACCUAUCAUGUCGGAUCCUUCGGCUUCCUCACUCUCUUUCUCUUUGGAUCAUUCAGACUUCAACACUCCCCCUCGAGCGCAUGCCAGACCCAUCGAUGUUAUUGUCCAUGGGGCAGUAGGGGAGCUCAAAGGUGCCAUUUUUCACAUCUUGGUUAUUGCAGAAUAUGGGGGUGGGGAGGCUUGGUGGUUCAUAGAGUUUGCCAAGGAGUAG